AUGGGUAGUUACCUCUCCAUUAAUCUGGAAGACCAGUAUAGAAAAAACGAAAAAUUUCUACAAAGUUUAAAUGAGAUCACUAUGGAACGGCAAAUACAAAUGAGGAAUCAGAUGGCUCAAAGGCAAAGGGCCAUGGAAAUUGCUAAGAACAGAGAUCUUUUUAUUUGGUAUACAAUGUUUUACUUCGCUGCUGGUACGGGCUUAUUUACUGGUUUCCGCAGAACCAAACGUGUCUAUUUCCUGUUUCCGUUACUGCCUCUAACAUUUGUAAAUCUCUACUAUUGGGAUCUUUCAUAUGGGAAUAAAAUACAUCGUAUAAGAAUGGAAGCCGAACACAUAAUGACUCAUGAAUCAGACAUGCUGGAACUGCCCUGCGGUCUGCCAACCCCUUCAUCCUUGGAUCAGGGGCGUUUGGAAGAAGACGAGAGGAAGAAGAUUCAUCCACCUUUACCUUAA